AUGUUCUCCCUUCGCACCGCCGUGCGGAGAGCUUCAACCAGCAAGCCCCUCCGAGCCUUCUCCGCACCACACGCCGUUUCGUCCGCGAGACUAGGCGCUCGUAACUCCCUCAAGGCUUCCGCCGUCCCGUUGCUGCAGGGUCGUCAUUAUUCCCGCGCCGCUGACCCCCAGCUUUCGUCGACUCGCUCCACAGUCGUCCAGCUGUUGAGCAAUAUCGGCUCGAAGCGUGAGGUUCAGCAAUAUCUCUCUCACUUUACCUCGGUUUCCUCCCAGCAGUUCGCUGUCAUCAAGGUCGGCGGUGCCAUUAUCACCGAACACCUCCAGACUCUUUCCUCCGCUCUCGCUUUCCUGAACCAUGUCGGACUCUAUCCGAUUGUCGUCCACGGCGCCGGACCUCAGCUGAAUCGCAUGUUGGAAGACGCUGGUGUGGAGCCGCAGUUCGAGGAUGGAAUCCGUGUCACUGAUGGCAAGACCCUGGCUCUUGCUAGGAAGCUCUUCUUGGAAGAGAAUCUGAAGCUGACCGAAGAAUUGGAGCGUAUGGGAGUGAGGGCCCGCCCUCUCACUGCAGGUGUAUUCUCGGCCGAUUACCUCGACAAGGAGAAGUAUAACCUGGUCGGCAAGAUCAAUGGUGUUAACAAGAAGCCAAUUGAAUCUGCUAUCGAAUCUGGCUGUCUCCCUAUCCUGACCUCCAUGGCCGAGACCCCAGAUGGUCAGGUUCUGAAUGUCAACGCCGAUGUGGCUGCUGGUGAGUUGGCGCGUGCACUCCAGCCGCUCAAGAUUGUCUACCUUGCUGAGAAGGGUGGACUCUUCAACGGCGACACGGGUGAGAAGAUUUCCGUGAUCAACCUCGACGAGGAGUACGACCACCUGAUGACCCAGUGGUGGGUGCGUCACGGCACCCGUCUGAAGAUUAAGGAGAUGAAGGAACUUCUCAGUGACCUUCCUCGCACCUCGAGCGUUGCCAUUAUCCACCCGGCCGAUCUGCAGAAGGAGCUUUUCACGGACUCUGGUGCGGGUACCUUGAUCCGCAGGGGCAACAAGGUGCACACCAAGACCUCUAUCUCGGAGUUUGAGGACCUGGAUAAGCUGAAGGAUGUUUUGAUCCGCGACCGGGAAGGCUUGGAUGCCCGCGCUACUGUGGAGCGCUACGUUGAAGGAUUGAAGGAGCGUGACUUCAAGGUGUACUUUGAUGAGCCCAUGGAGGCCUUGGCCGUUGUCUUGCCUCCCCAGCAGGAUGCUUCUUCCCCCUUGGCUCACUUGGCUACUUUCACCAUUACCAAGUCGGGAUGGCUGACUAACGUGGCCGACAAUGUUUUCGCCUCCAUCAAGAAGGACUUCCCCAAGCUUGUGUGGACUGUUAAGGAGGACGACGAGAACCUGACUUGGUUCUUCGACAAGGCCGAUGGUAGCCUGAGCCGCGAGGGAGAGGUUCUCUUCUGGUACGGUAUUGAAAGCGGUGAAGAGGUUAAGCAGCUGGUCCAGGAGUUCAAUGAGCAUGGCCGCCAGAUGUUCGGUGAUAUCAACCUCGAGUCGAGGUUGCACCGCGCUGCCGCGGCCGCCACCAACAUUGGCAAGGGCUUUGGCGCCAGCGGUGCUUCCGCUGAGCAGAAGCGGGCAUUCUCCUCCAGUAGCAAUGCCCUGCGCUCUUCUCGGUUUGGACGCCCUUCGGUUUUCAGCAAGAACUCGGUUCGGGCUUACUCCACGACUAACCCUAACCCACCCCUUGGCGAGAAGAACAUGUCUAACACCCAGCCGUCCAAGGUUGCUCUCAUUGGAGCCCGUGGCUACACUGGUCAAGCCCUGAUUAACCUGCUCAAUGCCCACCCCCACAUGGAUCUGCGCCACGUUUCUUCUCGCGAGCUGGCUGGCAAGAAGUUGCAAGGUUAUGAUAAGAGGGAGAUCAUCUACGAGAACCUUAGCCCUGAGGAUGUCAAGCGCAUGUCUGCCAAUGGCGAUGUUGACUGUUGGGUUAUGGCUCUGCCUAACGGUGUCUGCAAGCCUUUUGUCGAGGCUGUUGACCAAGGCUCGGAGAAGGGUAAUGUCAUUGUUGAUCUGAGUGCCGACUACCGUUUCGAUAGCAACUGGACCUACGGUCUGCCUGAGUUGGUCUCCCGCUCUAAAAUCGCCCAGGCAUCCAGAAUUGCCAACCCUGGUUGCUACGCAACAGCGGCCCAGGUUGCUAUUGCUCCCCUCGUCCCUCACCUCGGUGGACAGCCUACCGUUUUCGGUGUUUCCGGAUACUCGGGCGCUGGUACCAAGCCAAGCCCUAAGAACGACGUGGAGAACCUUACCAACAACAUCAUCCCUUACAGCUUGACUGAUCACAUCCAUGAGAAGGAGAUCAGCUCCCAGCUUGGCACCAACAUUGCAUUCAUUCCUCAUGUUGCUGUUUGGUUCCAGGGUAUUCAUCAAACUAUCAGCAUCCCUCUCGAGAAGGAAAUGACCUCCCGUGAUAUUCGCAACAUCUACCAGGAACGUUAUGCUGGUGAGAAGCUUGUGAAGAUCAUCGGCGAGCCCCCGGUGGUGAAGAACAUUGCGGGUCGCCAUGGCGUUGAAGUUGGUGGAUUCGCUGUCCACUCUAGUGGCAAGCGCGCAGUGGUGUGUGCUACCAUUGACAACCUGCUGAAGGGCGCAGCUACUCAGUGCCUCCAAAACAUGAACCUCGCUCUCGGAUAUGGCGAGUACCAGGGCAUCCCUCUGGAGUAA